UACCGAUUCGUUCUUGGCGCUUUCCUCGUCAAAUGAAAUCAAAAUCUAAGAUUUAAGUAUCAACAUGGCGGAUAAAUCAGAAAGAGAGAGAGAUGAAGACAGUGAAUCAUCCGAACCGGACUACAAGGUCAAAGAUGAACCUAUGGAUAUGGACUUGCCGGAGGAGGACGAGGAGCCGCCUGCGUUCGGCCCUGCUGCGCUGGGGCUGCAUAGAGUUGGCACUAAAUUACCGCCAAAACCAACACCAAGUGAACCAGUACAGAAACUUAAUGCCAGAGGAAUGCCUGCAAGGAUAAGAAAAAAGAACAGAUUCAUCUUUGUUGAUGACUUUGUAAAUACUUCACCUCCUAGGCAGUCACCAAAGAGAACCCCAAAAAUGAUAACAAAGACUCCUAACAAACAAUCAAGUGCUAAAAAGCAAAAGUCACCUUCAAAAGUGCAAAGAAAUAUAGACAAGUAUGAAGAUAAAUCUGAAAAUGUUGCUAAUCAAUCACCUGAUCGUAAAUCUGGACAACGAAUUGGUAUGAGAUUGAGAAAUUUACUAAAAUUACCCAAAGCUCAUAAAUGGGUAUGUUUUGAAUAUUUCUACAGUAAUAUUGAUAAGGCACUUUUUGACGGUGAAAAUGACUUCAUGAUUUGUCUCAAAGAAUCUUUUCCUCAAUUGACAAAUCGCAAAUUAACACAAGUUCAAUGGGCCAAGAUCAGAAGAAUGAUGGGCAAGCCUAGAAGAUGUUCUCAAGAGUUUUUUGCUGAAGAAAGGAAAGAACUUGAAAGAAAAAGGAAAUUGAUUCGAUAUGUACAGCAGAGGAAGACUGCCGAUAUUUGUAUUAAAGAUUUGCCAAAUGAAAUUCCCAUGCAGUUAGUAGUUGGCACGAAAGUAACAGCAAGGUUGCGCAAACCGCAAGAUGGCUUAUUCACUGGUUGUAUUGAUGCUGUGGACACAUCUAAUAAUACAUACAGGAUCACAUUUGAAAGACCUAAACUGGGGACACAUUCUGUUCCAGACUAUGAAGUUUUGUCCAAUGACCCACCAGACACAUUAUGCCUUUCUAGCAUUACUCAGAAGUUCAGACCACGUUAUGUAAUGCAAGAAAUUUUCAAUUUGUAUCAGCCCUCAGGAGCAACAAGCAAUUCUCAAGGGGAUCCUAUGAUUGGAUGCACAGAUAUUACCAAGCAACUGGAGUCUACUGUCAAUUCUUACCCAUUCCAGUUCUUGGAACUUAUUGUAAAAUUAACAAAAAUUUUACAUGCUAAACGUGGCAAAAUAAAUAAACUGAAGGAGUAUAAUUGUGAAGCUGAAAAAAGGAAAUCUUAUGGACAAAAGAUGCCUGAAGAUUUUGAGAGGAAAUAUGCUGCAGUUGUGAUAGAUCUAGAAAGAAUGAAUAUGGAUUUACAAGAAUACAUCAAUGAAAUUCAACUGUAUUGCCAGCAGAUUGCACCUGGGCCUAGUUUAGCAGCCAUGUUGGCUCCAUCACAUCUAAGAGAAAAAUGCCGAGAAGAAGCAUCAAUGUUGGUGGAAAAGAAUAAUAAUGGAACUGUGAAGGAUUCAAAUAUAAUUGACAUCAUCACUGACCUCACAGCUCUCAUGUUACAAGUGAAGAGUUUAUCAGAUUCAGAUCAAAAUGCAUAUGAGUUGAGCGUUCUGCAAGGUACUAUGGACCAAAUAAAAUUGAAAUUGGAACCUCAACACCGGAAACUGUUUCAAAACAAAGUGGAGAUCCACAUGCAAAGAAUUCAAAUGGGUUUGGGACAAAUGUCCAGUAGCUAUCUUGCUGGUACAUAAUACAUAAUUUGAAUAAACAAAAAUUGCAGUUUUGAAUUUUAUAAAAUAUACUGCAUAUUUAUUAAAUCUGGAACUGACAUCAAAAUAAUUACAUGAUGUAAAUUGUUGUAUAAAACAGAUAAUAUAGGUGAAAUUAAUUUAAGUCAUGACCGCAAUCGGAAAAUAUAUUUUUAUAAGUUAAUGGUAACAUAGCUUGUUAUAUCUUAAAUAUAUUAUAUUCAUAGAACUUUGUAUGUAGAUCGACUGUGUAUGAUAUGCUCAGCGUGCCAUGAGAGAAAUGUGUUUAUAUGAAUUGUAUUGUUUCUAGUGUAAUAAAAGGUACAUUUACUAAA